AUGGCUGUCCACGAGGAGUACGAAGCGGUCAGCUCGGUGUUCGACACCAUGGAGAGCCACCUGCGCAUCAUGCAGCCCAUAGCGCCGACCGAUAUCGAUCAUGCUCUGCGCGAACCAUCCGUGAAGCUGCUCGCGCAAAUCCUUGUCGUGCUCGGCAUGAAGCUCGGACGAUCUAAGGAGCUGUCCUCGGCCUUCGAAGACCUUCGCAGGCUCGCAACGGGCCACCAUCAGGCAGUAUCCGCCGUGACGCUGUAUACGGCGCAGCAGACGAUGGGAAUGCUGACGAAAAGCGUCGCUUGGGAUGAGCAGGAACUCGACGUAACUCGCAAGUGCCUGGCGGAGAUCGCGGAAACCGCACGAAACACCUAUGACCUCAUUCGUCGAAUCCCCGAUACAACCCGAGACGAGAUCGCCGCAGAUCGGACGAUCCUCGACAACAUCCAGAGUACUCUUCUCAACAUGGUCGCCGAUUCGGCAAGAGCCCGCAGGUCUUCCGAUAUCGACAAGAUCUUCGGUUGGCUGCAGUACCCCGACUUUUCCGCCAAGAUGAAUGACCUACUUUACGAUCGUGCGAGCUCGACUGGACUUUGGCUCAUUGACGGUCAAGCCUUCGCGUCUCUGAAGUCCGGCGACAGAAGGUCUCUUUGGAUCUAUGGACCAGAGGGCGCUCUCGCGCCGCUCCUGAAUCUCUGGAAGGAGCAUAUGUCCGGGCAUACACAGCCGUCGAUCGAGACCAUGCAGCGUCACCUCCGGCAGGCCCUCGAGAUGGCUCCCUCGCGCGUCUUCCUAGUAGUAGAUGCGCUGGACGAGGCUGACGACCGGGAUAUCAUACCGUUCCUCAUGAGCCUUUUGGAUCUGCCCAACGUCUCCCUUCUCCUUUCAAGUCGCAGUGAACUUCUCGGUCGCGAGUACCUGGAAAGGCGAUGCGAUGCGCCUAUCUCCGUGAAUGACUACGUCGUUUCUCGUGACAUGGAGAGACUGCUGGACCAGACUUUCGCACCAGGCGGUGCUCUUUCUAGAGUUGUGGAUGCUGGGACUGCUCGGCAGGCGCUCAGUGCAGGUGCGGCUGGAAAGUAA